GAAAAAGACUUCAUUUCAUAAUAACAAGUAUUAGUUAUAAUAUUUACAAGUUAAGUCAACCCAAAUUCGAAACCUAUUCAAUCCAAUCCAAUUCAAAAUAAAAACCAAUCAAACCUAACUCUUACUAUUUGAAUGGAUAGUUUCAGGUUGUCGGGUUACUUGAAUAAUCUAUUUUUUACCUAAGAAAUUUAGAAAAAAAUUUCCUUUAUCCAUAAGCAUCUAUUCUUGGAAAUUUGUAGGAUAGUUCAAUUGCACACACAAAAUGUCUUGAAAUGAGUUGUAAGUCAAAUAACUCGUUACAGGUAGAGGUAUGUCUUCUUUGGAAACAAUGUGCUACAGGACUCUCGACCCAAAUUACAAGCUUUCUUGAAAUCCUGUUUUGCUGAUUUAUAUUUUCAUUAUUGUUGCUUUAUUUGUUUAACAGUAUUCUUGCAUGAUGGGCUUUCGUUCGACAAAUGUUAAGAAUAUAGAUUGCGAUUGUUCUUUCUAAACGAGAUCAUACUCUUCAUUUGAGUAUGAUUAGACUUUGGGGUGACAGAACCCUGUGAACUGGGUGUAUACUACUUCCCAAAUCUUCUUUGAACCUCACUUCUUUUAUGAUUUUUCGCUAUUUUAUUUUUAUUUAAAAAAGUGAUGGAUAUCACAGGGAGUCUCUUUUCCAGUCAAGUCAACUAAUCUACCUCAUGGAGAAGUUCGGCCAAUGUGGUAUAGUUAUUGUAUAUUGUGGUAAAUUUAGACUCCUCACCCUAUCUCUUAAAAGCGACAACAUCCCGCCCACCUACACCUAGGAUUUGUUUGGAAGUUAAUUAAUUUUUAAGAUGUAUGUGGUGGAGAGUAAAGGAGGUGCUAUAGCUUGUAUGGUAUUUGCACUUAUGUUAUUGGGAACAUGGCCAGCACUUUUGACUUUGCUUGAACGAAGAGGGCGUCUUCCUCAACAUACUUAUCUUGAUUACUCCAUAACCAACUUAUUAGCUGCUCUAAUCAUUGCUUUAACUUUUGGUGAGAUUGGGAAUUCCUCUCUUCAUCAUCCUAAUUUUAUCCAACAGCUUUCUCAGGAUAAUUGGCCUUCUGUGAUGUUUGCUAUGGCAGGUGGAAUAGUACUAAGUCUUGGAAAUCUUUCAACUCAAUAUGCUUGGGCUUUUGUCGGUUUAUCAGUUACAGAAGUUAUCACUUCAAGCAUAACAGUUGUUAUAGGUACAACCUUGAACUACUUUCUUGAUGACAAAAUCAAUAAAGCUGAGAUACUUUUCCCUGGUGUUGCUUGCUUUCUGAUUGCUGUUUGUCUUGGUUCUGCUGUUCACUCAUCCAACACAGCUGAUAACAAAGCAAAACUCAAAAGUUUGUCACACAACACAAACCAAGAAUCCAACACAACUGAUGCUCCUCCUAGAUCAAGCAAGGACUUGGAAAAUGCUGAUUCUUCUUCACUGAAGGCAAAAUUUGGAACUGCAGAUUUUCUUAUUCAACUUGAGAAAAGAAGAUCCAUUAAAGUCUUUGGUAAGAGUACAUUAAUUGGACUAUCCAUAACUUUCUUUGCUGGAAUUUGCUUUUCUCUCUUCUCACCAGCAUUCAAUUUGGCAACAAACGAUCAAUGGCACACUUUAAACAACGGUGUUCCGCACUUGUCGGUCUACACUGCAUUUUUCUACUUCUCGGUUUCUUGUUUCAUCAUAGCCAUCGUUCUCAACGUCGUCUUCCUUUACCGCCCCAUACUUAACUCGCCAAAAACAACAUUAAAGGCAUAUGUGAAUGACUGGAAUGGUAGAGGAUGGGCCUUGUUGGCUGGACUCUUGUGUGGCUUUGGCAAUGGUUUGCAGUUUAUGGGUGGCCAAGCUGCUGGUUAUGCUGCAGCGGAUGCUGUGCAGGCGCUUCCGCUGGUAAGCACGUUUUGGGGAGUAGUUCUAUUUGGAGAAUAUCGUAGAUCAUCGAAGAAAACAUAUGCUUUGCUCAUAAGUAUGCUGUUAAUGUUUAUGGUGGCUGUUGGUAUCCUAAUGGCUUCUUCAGGACAUAGAAAUCAAAGUUGAUAGAUAUGCUGCAAAAUCCUUAAAAAAGCACAUCUUGUUUUAAAUAAUUAUAAGCUAAGGCAAGUUUGAUAUAUAAAUAUAUUAGCUGUUGCAUGAAUCAUUAUCAGAAGGAAAUCACACACACCGUUGUUCAUAAUGGAGAAAUUUGUUCUUUGUGGAAAUGUAAUUAUAGAUGAAGAAAUAAAGUAAAGGAGUGUGAGAUUUUGAUCACGUUCUGUGUUUUGCAAUAAGGAUGCUUGUGGCAAAGAACUAAUUAUGCGUCGAAGACUGUUAUGUAGCAAGAAGGCUAUGUGAUGAACUGUUAUGUGUUUUAAGCUUCCUUUACCAAGAAGCAAUGAUGUCAUCUUUGUGUAAGCCAAGUCGGUGAUUAAUUUGACUUUGUCGCCCAAUCCAAAUUCAGGAUUAGGGAGUGACAAUAACACGUGAAAUUUUGCCAUUAGACUA